CCGAGCUGCCAGUGUCCGUCUCCUCGCUUUCUGAGAACCGGUGUCUCCCACAUAUCACCUGCUAGUUAUUUCAAGCUUUAUUGAGACCGGUUUCAUCUUCGAACGAAUUCUGUCAUUUGCGUUGGUUUGAGGGUGUCCAUUGGACUCCACUCCAACCUGUUGCCCUGGAUACCACGCUACUGUGUUUGCCAAAAACUCGCCAACGCUGCAAUCUGAACUCGUUCCCUGCUCUCAUUCGACUCCGAAGCGCACAAAUCCAGCUUUUAUUUCAAUCACAUUUACUAAGCAAAUUUGUGAGGGACGCCCUGCUUCUUUACUAACCGGCGAUCGCCCAAACUUCCUCAGGGUCUAUUAGGCCACAUUGCGCGAUCCCCGCCAUGUCUAGCUUCGACAGUGGCGACGAGCUCGCCUAUCUGAUGCCAGGCUUCGACCUCAAUUCUUUAACCGUACCGCGGCUUCGAUCGAUCCUUGUGAGCCAUGACGUUCCUUAUCCGACAUCCGCAAAGAAGGCGCAGCUCAUCAGCAUCGUGGAAUCCGAGGUCCUACCCAAGGCCAAGCAGCUCUUGCGCCAACGAGAUCGCAUCAAGAGAACGAGUGAAGGUAUAAUCGACAUGCCCAGUAGUCAAGAGAGUAUGGGAGAGGAUGAAAGCAAGACUCGACGUUCAAAAGCCCCGCCAGCAACGCCGUCAACCAGAAGAGGCAAAUCACGGCCCAGUACUCGACAAUCCACUGUCGAGGUUGAUGAUAAUAUCCCACCACCGUCUACAAGCCGGAGAAGAACUACGAGGUCAGCUGCCAAACAUCCACGUGCGUCUGACACCGAAGAAACCGGUGAAGAUAUGACCGCGAUAGAAGCUACUCCUCGGACGACAGGGCGGAAAUUAAGAAAGAGCGAAGCAUAUCCGACACCGCAUGAAUCCACGGCGUCUCUUCAGGAAACGCCUGUGCCGGUGAAGUAUGAAACUCGAAGUGCCAGCGUCUUUACGGAUGAUAAUCCCUUCCAGAGUGGAUCGCCGGUGGAAACCCCCCGUGCUCGGGGGGUUAGUAGUGAACUAAGACGGAAGAGUACGCCAAGGUACUCCACACCAGCCAGAGCAGCAGCGGAUGAAAGGAGGAAACGGAAGAGCGAGUUCUUAGCCUCUCCUAGUCUAAAGCAAGAGGACGGCGUCAGGGUACCAACCAGAUCAACAUUUGACGCACCUGUUUUCGGCCUUAGGUCUUUGAAGGCAGAGGAGUCUGAAGAAGACGAUCUGGAGCCCGGAGAAGAGUUUACCCCUGAUGAACAGCUCGCUUUGACGCAAGCACAAGCUACACCCCGAAAGCCAGUUGUGAAAAGAAAACCCGCGAAGCGGGGAGGAGGGGGAACACAAGCUGUGUCAUGGUUCGUGAUUGUUACGCUGCUAUCCGCCAUUGGCAUGUGGUGGAGGAAGGAAAAAAUCGAAAUAGGGUACUGCGGCGUUGGCAAGCCACACUGGUCUCUUGAAGGUACAAAGGUUCCCGAAUGGGCCUCCGUAAUAGAGCCAAAAUGCGAACCUUGCCCACAACAUGCCUUCUGCUACUCCGGUCUGCAAGCUACCUGCGAGCAAGAUUUUGUCCUGAAACCACACCCAUUGUCUCUAGCAGGCUUUAUUCCUCUGCCGCCAACAUGUGAACCGGACAGUGACAAACUGCGCCGGGUCAAGGUCGUUACAGACAAGGCUGUUGAUGAAUUGAGAGAACAGAGGGCCAAAUAUGAGUGUGGAGAGGUGGGCAAAGAUGGUAGUAAGGAAGUCACCUCUCCUGAGAUGACGGCCGCCGAACUAAAGCAACGAGUUAGCAAAUCCAAACGGAAGGGAAUGAGCGACGAAGAGUUUGAGGAACUUUGGAGGGGAGCUCUUGGUGAAAUUACUGGUAGGGAGGAGGUGAUGACAGCCACGAAAGGCCCAGCCUCAGCCAAGAUCAUCACGUUUAGUUCGUCAUCCCUCGCAAAACUCUCCCUCGUCUGCGCCGUCAAGCGGCACCUCAGACUCUCUCUCCUCGCAUAUCGACUCCCUAUUCUCUUUUUAGCGUUUUCCAUAUCUGCUGUUGGAUAUGUGCGCUCUCGCAUUCUCGCUAAACGUUCCGAUGCUGCGCGUGUUCCGUCCCUGGUCAGUAUGACUCUCGAUCGCUUGGCGACACAAGCCGCGUUACAUGCUCGUGGAGAGGCACUGGAACCCUGGAUUUCGGUCGGGCAACUCCGUGACGAUGUUCUACGAGAUGAACUGAAGAGAAGUCGGCGGGAAGAGCUUUGGAAUCGAGUCAAGAGGAUUGUGGAGGGAAAUGCAAACGUGCGAGCAGCUGUGCGAGAAGGACGUGGGGGAGAUGUGUCGAGGGUUUGGGAAUGGAUUGGGGGUAUCAAGGCAAUUGGCGGAGAGUUGGAAUCCCCGACCCAUCGACCAGAGGGUUCGAGAGUCCGGUUCUCAUUGCUACCAUCGGAAGCAGGGGGGCCCGCGAAGGAGGUUUCUGAAAGUCGAGAGAUGAAGAAGUGGGAUGAAGGGAGACCGGUCUAUUGAUCAUGCCCUUGCCGUGUCCAGGGCGUUGUUGCUCCUUUGCAUAUAUUUACUACGGUGUUCCUUUGAUUUUUAUUUCUUGUCGAGCUGCUACUAAUAGGCAGUAUUGGGCAGGUCAGGCUCUUGUAUCUUUUCUUUCUUUUUACCUUUCUGGGUGGGGUUGUGUUGGGUUUUUCCAUUAUACUGUCAGUUACUCUUGGACAAGAUAUCCAGUGCUUCACUUUCAUGCGGCAAAAUUAUUCCGCG